GCACGCCAACUGCGGCGGCGGGGAGCGAGCGCCAUGGCGCGGAACCUGUAUGGGCCGGGGGUCCGGAUGGGCAACUGGAAUGAGGAUGUCUACCUGGAGGAGGAGCUCAUGAAGGACUUCCUGGCGAAGAGGGACAAGGGGCAGCUUCUCAUACAGAGAAGCAGGCGGCUGAAAGAGAAUCUCCUGCAACAGACGAAGCUCUCCGUGUCCGAGGACGGCUGUAUCCACUUCGGCCACCAGGUCAUGGUCGUGAACCCCGACUUCCCUGAGUCCGCUGACCUGUUCCUGGGUGGGGACCUCAGCCUGUGUCUCACUCCAGACGAGAUCAAGGCCCACCUGGUGGAUGAGCUGGAGGUGCCCUGCGGGCUGAGUGCAGCCCAGGCCAGGGUGCCCAUGAGCAGAAACACGUUCAUGGUCCUGAGCGCAGACGGCUGCAGCGCGGACGAGCAGGCCCUGUGCUAUGGGCAGAGCUUCUGUCUGGGGAUCCAAGGAGGAGCGGCAGGCAAGCUGCUGUACUUGUCCAGUGACCACAGGACGCUGGGGAGGUCGUCCAAGAGGUCGUGGCUGCAGGAGGUGUUCCUGACGGAUGAGGUCUCCCACCUGAACUGCUGGCAGGUCGCCUGCCCCGACCCUCAGCUGCGCCUGGAGCAGGAGGGCACCCCCGUUCCGGCCAACACCAGGCUCCUCCUCAGCCACCGCCACACCAACCGGGCGCUGGCCGUGCACCGGCACCUCCUCCUCAGGACCUGCUUUGGGAAGGAGGCUGAGGUCGUGGCGCACACUCACCUGGACGCCCACAGAGUGGAGAAGCCGCACAACCACUGGCUGCUGGUGACCGGGAGCCCCAGGCCAGGCUGUGCCACCUCACUGGACCUGCCCCUACCCCCCCGCCCCGGGACCCCAGUGACCACCCCGGCAGUCCCCCAAGACCCGCCUGAGGUGGGUGGGGCGGGCGCGGGGCUCAGGGCUGCGUGAGGGCAGAGCUGGGGGCUCCAGGGCGCACCCAUGGAGCUGCCCCAGGUCACGGGCAGUUCUGGAGCCUCCAGGUCCCCACCUGGCCCCCUGCCCUGGGGCUCUGUGGGCACAGGUGGUGGGGCUGGGCACCCCAUGGCCCCUCAGCUCCUGAGUGGCUCCGCUGGCCUGCCCCCCCCACUGCCCACCAGCCAAGCUGGUGCCCAGGAGCAGUCCCCUUGUGUGCGCCUGAGCCCAGCACAAUAAACGCGAGCCCUGGAGCGCGUGUCUUAAAGGGG